AUGGAGCCCAACUCACUCAAGUGGGUAGGCUCACCUUGUGGCUUACACGGACCUUACAUUUUCUACAAGGCAUUUAGAUUUCAUCUUGAAGACAAACCAAGAAUAUUGUCCCUUGGCGACUUUUUCUUUGUAAGAUGUAAGCCAGAGGAUCCGAUUUGCAUAGCAGAACUCCAGCUGUUGUGGGAAGAAAGGACGACCAAGCAACUUUUAUCCAGCUCUAAACUUUAUUUUCUCCCAGAAGAUACUCCCCAGGGAAGAACUGUCAGUCACGGAGAGGACGAGAUCGUCGCCGUCUCUGAGAAAGUCAUAGUGAAGUUGGACGACCUGGUGAAAUGGACAGUCUCCGACUGCUCCCAGUGGAAGUGCGGUCUGAGGGCCGUCCCGCUCAAAUCCACCACGCUCAGGGAUCUGGGGAGGAACGGCCAGUGCGAGGCCUUACAGAAGUACAGGGAGUCCACCCUCAACAGUGGCCUCAACUUCAAAGAUGUCCUGAAGGAAAAGGCAGAGCUAGGCGAAGACGACGAAGAGCGGAAGGUUCUGGUGCUCAGCUACCCGCAGUACUGCCGGUACCGGUCCGUUAUCGCCCGUCUGCGCGAGCGCCCGUCCUCUCUGCUCACAGACCAUGUGGUGCUGGCCCUCGGCGGCAUUGCCUCCCUUAGCAACAACACCAAGAUCCUCUACUGCCGCGACACGUUCGACCACCCCACUCUCAUUGAGAACGAGAGCAUCUGCGACGAAUUCGCGCCCAACCUGAAGGGCCGGCCCCGGAAGAAGAAGCUCUCCAUCUCCCAGCGACGCGACUCCCAAAGCCAGAGCUCCAUCAAGGAGGCCAGCAAUGCCGAGGGCAAGGCCCCUGCCAAGGUAAAAGCUGACUCUAAGGCGGUGGGUCUGGCCAAGCCCAAAAGCAGCAGUAGCUGUAAGAAGGCGGGGGCCGAGGAGAGCCCUAAGGAGGAGGCAGGUGAGGAGUGCCGGGCAGACGAGCAGGCCUUCCUCGUAGCUCUGUACAAAUACAUGAAAGAGAGGAAAACGCCUAUUGAGAGGAUCCCAUACCUCGGGUUCAAGCAGAUAAACCUUUGGACUAUGUUUCAAGCUGCUCAGAAACUGGGAGGCUAUGAGCUGAUCACAGCUCGCCGACAGUGGAAAAAUGUAUACGACGAGCUGGGUGGAAAUCCUGGAAGCACCAGUGCUGCCACUUGCACUCGCAGACAUUAUGAAAGACUCAUCCUCCCGUACGAGAGAUAUACUAAAGGGGAGGAGGACAGGCCCCUCCCCCCUGUCAAACCCCGAAAACAGGAGGCUGGCGCCCAGGAGGGGGGGAACAAGACAAAGGUGAUGGCGGUGAAGCGCCCCAAAGAGGAACAAAACCAGAAGCCCAGGAAUGAAAAGGAUGCAGCUGUGAAAGGCCUGGAAGUCUCGACGGUUCCCGAGGAGGACGGGAGCAGCGACGACGCCGAAAGGCAGCAGGAGGCCCCGGGACUGAAAGAGGAGAGGAAGAGCAGCGGAGAGGAGGACGAGGAGGAGCUCCAGCUCACUGUGAAAGAGGAGGCCCUCAGCUCCGGCGUUCCGGAGAUACCGUCACACUGCGCCCCGCUCUGGGAGGACGGCCCGUCGGAGCGAGUCCUCGGAGACCCCCUGCCCCCAGCCGAGCUCCGGGAGCCGGUCUGCGACGAGCCUCCUGCUGCCAGCCCUCCACGCCACUGCCCAGCGCAGGAUUGGGGGCAGGACGGCGGGGCAGAGCCCGGUAUGCCGUGCGCCGCGGAGAGUGUAGAACCGGCCGAGGUUAAAGAGGCCCAUAACCACGUGGGUAUGGUGCUGCCCACUCUGAAACCCCUGCAGCCCCUCGCCACCCGGGACGUGCUCCCGGAGAAGGAGGAAUCCUCCAGCCGGGACGAGCCCUGCUUCGGUUACACGCCAGCGCUGUAUCCCAGGGGCAACCCCGGAAUCAUGUCCCCCCUGGCCAAGAAGAAGAUGCUCUCCCAGGUCAGCGGCACUGCCCUGCCCAACAAUUACUCCUUUGGCCCGCCCCCUCCAUUAAUCAACAAACAGUGUGUGAACGGUGGCACAGAGGAGCUUUCCAGCAUUCCGGGUCCGCAGGGGCCUGGGGCGGAGACCCUGCUGGUCAACCGGCCGUCCGUGAUCCAGCAUGCCCAGAGCUUCAAACCGCGAGGAACUGAGGAGAGGAAGUCCUUGGGCGAAGCCUGCAACCCUGCCCACGCCCCACCCCAACCCCACCCCCAGCCCAGCCCCACUGGGGACCCGUACCUGCUGAGGGCCGACCCCUACGACAGCACAGAGAAGGUGGCCGAAAAGAAAGUUGUGCGCCCAUCCCAGGCGCCAAGCUUCCUCUGCGACUUCUACUCCUCCCCCCACCUGCACAGCCUCUACCGGCAGACAGAGCACCACCUGAGCAAGGAGCAGCUCUCCAAGUACCUGAGCCGGGAGGCACCCUUUCCCAGAGACUGCGAGGGUGUCCAGGGUUUCUGCCCUGCCAAACACCCCGAAAACCACCCCGGCCUGAGUUAUGGUGCUCAUUUGAGCCAAAAGGACAAGACAGCCACCGGGGAAAGGUCACUUGAGGACCAGCCAACGGACUUGAGCCUACCCAAGCUGUCCCCCCACAAACUGCCUGGCCCCAAGCCCUCGGUAUGCAGGGCAUCCCAUUCCAUGAUCCAGCAGGACGUGAGCACCCCCCCACUCUUUCAGGUGGGCAACAAUCAGACCUCCAGUAUGGACUACCACCCCAGAGCCUGCCGCGUCCCACCCAUGGCCAUGUCGGCCCCGAAAAAGGCUAUGGACCCCCCGUCGAGAGUUGGAGCCAAGCUCCAGAACGGGCGGGGGGAAGACAUGAUGGGGUACAAGGUGGAGGAGAUGUCCCGGCCCAUCCUGAGUGCAAAGAGCAGCCCCCAGAAUGUCUGUGCCGCCCGGCCCCUCAAGAGAAACCCGGAGGAGCCCGAGAAUGGGCCACCGGAAAAGAAGAUUCGGGUGGUGACGCCCAUGCACUCCGCCAAGGACACGAUGGGCCGGACCAGGACCCCUGACCCCGAGAGUGAAGGCAUGAAGCCAGCGGAGCCCAUGCACGGCGUGCACGUCAACAGCUACGCGGAGAGCCACAAGUUCCCCCUCCACUCACCCAUCUUCCCAGGACUCUACCCCGGGGCCUUCCUGUCUCAGGUGCAGGACAUGUGUGACAGCCUGGGCUCCCCCAUCCCCGCCGGAUACUCCCACCCCCUGCAGUACUUGAAAAACCAGGCGGUCAUCUCCCCACUCAUGCCCCCCUUCGCCAUCCAUUCCUUCAUGAUGCAGAGACAGCUGCUGGCCUCUACGGCAGGGCCAGCCCACCUCUACCGCCACCCUGCGGGAGCCUCGUACGGGGACCUCCUACACCACGGCAUGUACCCCAUGUCUGCCCUCAACCCCCAGCCCGCAUUCAGCCCCUCCCAGCUACCCUCCGUACACCCCAGCACCAAACUGUCCUAGACCAACCAGCCUGACAUUCCCAUUGGUAAAGCAGUGUAGAGCAGCUCCUCACCCAUUCUUUGUCCAGCAAGCAUGGCCAAGCUAUAGACCUUAAACAAAUAGCAGAAGAUCUUGAAGAUGCUUGAAUCUGGGAACAAUAGCUUUUUUUGCACCAGAUUUUUUUUUUGCCACUUAAGGUUUUAUAAAUUUUGCACAUGUUGUACGUGGGCCAACUCGGGCUGAUUGUGGCUUGCUGUGUCAGCUGCUGUUGAGUCUGGGGUCAAAGUGCAGGGGUGACGAAUGCAGCAUCGGAGGGCUCCGAGCAAGAGCUCCCAUCAAACCGCUGGCUAUCCAAAGGAUAACACAAGUCAUGUGACAAAUCAAUGCAAUUCACGGUGCAAUUUCAACAGAUCCUGGGUUUUCUCUUUUUACAAAACACUAUGAUGAAAUACUAUGGAACACUGUUAAAGGAGUUGUUAUAAUCAAGGUUUACUAUCUGAAAAAAGUUCAAUCUUCGUUUUUAAUAUUAUUCCUUAUUGUGCAUUUCUUUUUAUUUAAUUGUAGAUCUGCAGUGUGGAGUUCAUUUCAAGCCUACAAGGGUUAUCAUUAGUGACUUAAUGCAGUUGAAUGCAAUCACGUGGACCUGAACAUUGCAGUAUAACAAAGCAGUUCCGUGUAAAUAAAGACAAGCUUGUCUCCUUGAAGGAAAUCUUCAACUUCAGUGAUAAAAUGUGAAGUGGCAUUCACAUGCUGUUUUAAAUCACUGUUUCCGGCCCUCCCUGACAGCCUGUCAUAUGACAUAGAGGACUUUGUUGUUUACCAGGAUGAUGUUAAAUACAUUUGUUAAAUGUAGGACUAAGGAGUUUGUAAAUAGUGAAAAACAAAAAAUAUUACAACGUUUUGUAUCCUAUUCACUGGCUACUGUAAUUUCUGACCGCUCUGAACUACGAGAUAAGAAAGGGUUGGGGUUUGUUCUUGUGUGACAGAAGUGCAAUGCCCGGGACUACUUGGAAGCUGAAAUUGGCUUUUUUUUGUGCGGAUGUAAGACUUGUAAUCCUUUUCUCAGAAGACAAAUUCAGGAGCCACACCACAGAUUUAAGCCUUCACUGGAAAAAAAUCUAAAACUAUGAUUCUUUUAAGGAGCACUUAACUGUAGUGAAGCACAGAAACCAGCCCCCCAUAGACUCUCAGUAAGCAUAAGGCCAGUUGCUCUGAAUUUGUUUGCAGUGGAAGAAAAAGAAGUAGCGAUGACAGCAAUCAAUGAAAAGGGUAUGUAAUGGAAUGACGCAUAAUGCAAUUUGGGAAAUGGUUGCCAGCAGUGAAACAAAGGCUUAUGUAAUUAUUUUUGCACAAAGGAUUUGGGGAGGGGAUGGAAGGAGGUGGGGGGGAGUGUUGGAGGCGGUGCGAAUGAAAAUCUAGUAUGGAGCAAUCUUUAUUAAUAUGUCAUUGGUGAAGACUAAAUAUGAACUGAAGAAAUGUAUUCACUCCAAAAUGUUUGGAGUAACACUCAAGGUUGCUAUGUAACUUUUUUUAAAAGAGUAAUAAAACUGUUUUAUAUGCACCAUAACAAGGCUGCAGUAUCUCCAAUUUAAACUGCAUUCAAUAGUGGUUACACAUUACACCCCCCCUCCCCCCCAAUACUAAAGAAAAAAGAGCACAAAAAUUGUGUUAUCCUUGGAGUUAUUAUGAAUACUUUUAUCUCAAUCAACCAUAAAUUACAAAGAUACGAAAUUGUGUUCAGUUCAUUUCUCCCUUGCAAGUUUUGUGCCUUUUAAAUUUGGUGGUUAACUAUUUACAAGUGGAUGAGCAUGAUUCAAGUUUUGUUUAAAGCAAAAACAUCUGGCUUUCCCUUCAUCUUAAGAACCUCAUUAACAUACAUCAUAUGUUAUACUAAGCUUGCUUAGUGAACAGAGAGGUCUGUGUUACUGGUUGAAUGUUGUUACUGUACAGUGUGCUGAGGUAAAGUGAAAUGAAUCUUCGCAUGGGUACUGUACUAGACCACAUGUUCACAAGCCCAAGCUGGAGCACAUCUGCUCUAGUUUACAAUGUUCAUUAUAUCUGUAAUGAGCGCUGGGAAUUUCUAGGCCCUAUAAUUAGAAUGUUUGUCGGGAGCACUUAAAGGACCUCUCAGUGUAAGAUUGUCAUAUCCAACCAUGUUGGAGAUGUUAAAGUUCAACUUCUACUGUCAGGGCUCUCGAAACACAAAUCUGUUUACCAGUUAAAUCCGUAUUUUGCUCUAAUUGUUUUUGCAGCCUUUGUUGUAAAUGUUGUACACAUAUUUAGCUUUUGUUAUUACAUUGAGUAUUUGUACAUAGUAAGGCCUGAGCUGACAACGCUACAUAGUUUUGUUUUAAGGAUAUUGAGUGACCUUACUAUUAUAGGUUCGAAACGCUACACUUAUGAGUACUGAGCCAAUUAUAAGCACUCGGUUUGCCUGUUUUGUACUUUGUGUUUCCAAAUUGUACUUCUUUGAGAUGCUUUUUGAUACCAUGUCCCAUUAGUUCUCCAAUCACAUAGCUGACGAAAUAUUUUGUACUUUUGAUCCACUGUAUAUUUAAUUAAAAUAUUUUACUACCUA